UUACAAUCCCGAAGGAGAGUAGAGUUUGUGCAUUUUGUUACAACAAAAUUUUGUAAAUUUGCCAACUUUUUGCAUUUUACAUAAUUAACCAUACAAUUAAUUUAUUAAAGAUAUACAAAAUGGUUUUUAAAUGUCAAGAAGAUAGCUUUUUAAAAGAAUUUACCACCAAAGUUGUUUCAUGUGAAUUUGGCUUAUUGAAAUGGUGCCCGCCUGGCUCCAGCGAAACAAAAGAACUACAGGGUUACAAUGUUAUCUGUGAAGAUACAAUACUAUUUCCUGAAGGUGGUGGUCAACCAUGUGAUUUCGGCACCAUCAAUGAUCUGCCUGUACGUAGUGUUAUACGCAAGGGCAAUGAUGCUGUCCAUUUUAUAGAAUCCGAGAGCGGGUUUGAAGCUGGUACUAUUGUCAAACAAUGUAUUGAUUGGGAUCGCAGACUUGAUCACAUGCAACAACAUUCGGGCCAACACUUGAUUACUGAAUUAUUUGAGAAGGAAUUUAAUUAUGACACAACCUCCUGGUGGUUGGGAACUGAAACAUCGUAUAUCGAACUUAAUACUAAACAUCUAAUUAGCCGCGAAUCUUUGGAUUUAAUUGAGGAAAAAGCUAAUAAUAUAAUUAGAGAGGGAAAAGAGGUCAAUGUUGUCGUUUUGGAUCCGGAAACGUUAUUAGAGAUGGACGGUGUUAGAGCUCCACGAGGUUUACCCAAAGAUUGGCAGGGUCCUGUUCGUGUAAUAUGCAUAGAAGGCCAACGUCACAAUAUGUGUUGUGGAACACAUGUCAGCAACUUGUUUCAGUUGCAAGGCAUUAAACUUUUAUACGCUGAGAAAAGUAAGAGCAGUGUCAUUGUCCACUUUGUGGUGGGACAACGUGUCCUGAAACGUUUAGGGGAAUCCUUCCAAAGAGAACAACAACUUAAUUUAAUUUUAAAAGGUGGCCCUCAACAACAUUUAGAGCUAAUACAAAAAAUACAAAAUAAUGUAAAAGCGGUAAAGAAAUCUUUUCAAAAGCUUUUAAAAGAUUUUGCUACUGCUGAAGCCGAAAAAUUAGAAAAUAUGCCUAGACCUUUACCAAAAUACUAUAGUUUACAUCGCAGAGAUGGUGUAGAGCCAGACUUUAUUAAUACUUUCUUAAGACAUGCUCCAGUUGAAGUAUCUUUAUAUUUCAUUACUGUUUCCGAACCAGAGCAACCUGGUAAUCAACCUGGCAAGGGUCAUAUGGUAUUACGUGGUGAUGCGGAGUUGGUACAACAAUUUGGACCCAAGUUUAUUACAAUCUUAGAUGGUAAGGGUAAUGGAAAGGAGGGAAGUUUUCAGGGUAAAAUAUGCGAUAUUGAUAAAAUACCCGAAUGUGAAGCUUUGCUAGAGGAAUAUUUUAAAGCCCAUAAGCCAAAAAUAGUGGAUAAGGAAGCGUUGCAUGAGAAGUUCAAGGGUGAAUUUAUUCACAACAAAAAAGGCAGCAAAUUGAAUUAAAAAGUUCUGUUUAAUAAUUUUAUAUUCCGUCUUAUUAUGAAAGUCGUUAAAUAAUUAAAUAUAGAGUAAUCAAAAAUCGGAUUGAGAAACUGAUAUUACGAAUGUAAAAAAGAACUAAAAGUACUUCUUCGACGACACUUUUAAUAAGAUUAUUGCUGGUACAAAAAUUCGUUGCUUAUAUUUUUAAAUUUUGAUAAUUAUUUGUUUGAUAAUAUUAAAUGAUUUGCAUUUUAAUGACAA